ACAGGUUGCCUGCGCUGCCUGCCGCAAUUACACCUGUGCAGGGAUGGCUGGCAGUCGCAGAGGUCUUGCCCUCGUCGGGGUCUUGUGCGGCCUCUCUUAAGAAUGCUGCAUGUGGCCAGCAGGGAAGUUCUUAUGAUGGUUCGCAAAGGGCCACGGCUGUUGGACUUCACCAAAACCCCAUCUCAUCUGCAAUUCAACAAGUAUGUCCUGACGGGCUACCGCCCAGUGUCCACCGCUCAGGAGUGUCUGCGGAGCCUGUUUUACAUGCAUAAUGAGCUGGGCAACAUCUACACUCAUGGUAUUCCCUUCUUCCUCUUCCUGGUUCUCCUGCCCUUCAGCAUCCCUUGGAGAGAGGUGGACAGCGCCUGGAUCUGCGUGGUCCACUACUUGGCCUGCCUCAGCCCCACAGUGGGCUCGGUGGUCUACCACGUGUUCAUGAACCAUGUGGGAGGGGAGCACGUGUACGACACCCUGCUCUCGCUCGACAUGUUUGGUGUGUGCUUGGUCAGCACUCUGGGGGCUCUCCCCAUCAUCCACAUCACACUCCUGUGCUUCCCGACUGUGCAGCAGGCUGCCAUGCUGGUCUACAUCUUCCUGUCGGCCUACGGGAUCUACUGUGCAACCACGGCUCGCACCAACGUGCUGCGUUUGCAGGCUUUUGUGUGGCAGGCCUUGUUCCGCUUGAGCCUCUUCGUGUUUCGGGCGUACGGCAUUGGGGUGGGCAGCCCUAACUCUCUGCAUCUCUUUGCCAUCAUGGAAGUGCUGGCUGUCCUGGGUGGGCUGGUCAACGUCAUCCAGAUACCGGAGCGUUUCAGCCCGGGGCUCUUUGACAACUGGGGGAAUAGCCACCAGAUCAUGCAUGUCAUGGUUAUUUGCGCCAUCAUUUACCUGCACUGGGGGACUCUGGAGGAUCUGACCUGGAUUAAAAACUACCAGUGUCCUACUCAGUAAAUCUAAUUUAUUUAGAAGUAAAUUAAUUAAUGGACAUAAGUAUUAAAAGGCACUUUAGCACUGGUGAUUGAUACCAGACACCUAUUACUUGAAAUGUCAUCAAUGAAUAAUUGUAACAAAAAAAUGAAUGUUUAAAUAUGUAUAAAAAUAAAUUGUUAAAUCUUUUAUCCAUUUGUCCGCAUUAGUCCAGGUUCAGAACAAAAUAUACUCUAUAUGGGCUUUUCAAAUCGGGCUUAUAUCACACACACACACACAGCUUAUGGAAACAGUUUGAAUUGUGAAACCUUAGUUAUAUUUGUGAAAAUAUAAUAAAGGCACAUUAAAGAAGUAUAGCAAGUUACUGUUAGAAUUUAUGACCUCCACCUGUCAGGGAACAAUGACCCCAACUCGUCAAAUUUCCGACAAGCGCACAGUGUAUGUAACCUGCCUGGUUCAGUCCCCGAUUUUCUGUUCUGCUCGGGACUUGAAUCUAACUUCUCCAGCAUGAGUGUGCUAGCCACUGAGCUAAAAGCCAGAGUACAAACCUGACAACCAGCAAUGUUCUUAAGGUAGUCAGGGAGUGACGUUUACCAAUUUACACAUGGCCCAGCACCCUGGCUGACUUCCGUCACAUUAGUCCACCUAAACUGCUCUCUCAUCCGGGUCACGGCACUACUGUAACCCGCUUGGUUCAGUCCCUGCUUCUGUUGGUCGACCGGCAUGAGAC